UACCAAAAGUUGUACAAUUUCAAGGUUGGUGACGUUACUAUUUAAAUUUCAAUCGGAGUGACACUAAUUCCACAGAGCUAAAACCACAGUAAAAUGCUCAGAGUAAUAAAAAAAUAUCAUUACUCUGAGUCUGAGAGUGAAACGUGGUAGUUCAAAGUUCAAAAACCUAGUUUAAAUUCUAUGUUCUGUGCACAAAUUGUGCUUUGCGAUGUUUAACCUAAAAAUUAAGAAUAAUUGUUAAUUUUUAUUUAUAAUUUUCAUGUACAUUUGAAAUGAGUUUGGAAGAGGAAUUUAUCAUUGAAGAGGUGGAGAAUUUUCCCUGCAUUUGGGAUCUAAAACAUGAGGAUUAUAAAAACAAAUCUGUAGUUGAAAACGCCUGGAGAACAAUCGCUUACACCGCAGAUAGUACAGUGGAAGAAUGCCAAGAUUUAUGGAAAAGUGUUAGACUAAAAUUUGUAAGGGAGAGGAAAAUAAUAAAGACAUUGCCUUCUGGAUCCACUGGUUAUGGGGGUUCCUGGGCGCAUUUUGAGAAAAUGGCUUUUUUAUCUCCUCAUGUUCAAACUAGAAGAACUAAAUCAAAUUUUCUUAAACGAAAAUUGGUCCCAGAAUUGGAGCAACCUCUGAAGUCUGAAACAUGGAAUACUAUGAAUGUUACUCUAGAUGAUGGAGUUGAAACCCAUUCUUUCUCAGAUAAUCAAGAUAUGGACCCCUUAGUGGAAUGUACUGAUUCAAAGCUCCAUUUGGAAUACUCUGUUCCAUCAAACACGCAAAAUAACAUCCUGCCUGAAAAAUUGGUCCCCAUAUCCAACAAGAAGAACCAGCCUGAGAUAUUGAAUUCUUUUUCAUUAUCUCGUACAGGAUUGUUCAGUCAUGAGCAGAAUGGGUCUAAGAAGAGAAAAAACAAUGAAUCACAUUACAGCGAGGAGGAAAACUGUGUCACCCAAACCAGUAACGAAAUUCCUGAAAACUUGGAAGACCACUAUUUUGGAUUGUCAUUAGCCUCAUCUUUGUCAAAAAUGAAAAAUAAUAAAAAGAAAUUGAUACUCAAGGCAGAAAUCUUGAUGAAAAUAGCUGAUGCCAUAGAGGAUAAUUAAUGUCUGUGAUGUAGAGAGAAAUAUUUGGUUAUUCAUCCAGAUCAAAGAAAUCGAAUGAAAAUCUAAACCCACUAGUCUCAAAUAUGUUUGCAAGUGAAUGUAAACUGAGGCAAGUACUGCAAGACUGGAAAUAAUCAGCAUUUCCGACCAUGGCUCAUGCAAAGUCACUACCAACUCCUCAAAGCGAAAGUAACUUUGUCAAAGUGAAGUUAUAGAAGUACAACAGUAGACGUGGAGAAAACAAGACUUUAUGAAAGUAACAAUAAAGAAACUUGAGAGAAAAAUGAAGAUCAGUAGAAACAUCCAAUAAAAUCGGUUAACAUCAUCUAUGUCACAAGUAGAAUUGUUGGCUGUUUUUGAAACAUAUAAACUUCAUAAUUUAUUUCAACUU